UUACUGAUGGUCCGGAUGUUUGGAGUUUUCUGUAAUCUCUGGUCUGCUUGGGAGCAGAGGGAUGGGGUCCUGGCUGGUGAGACCCUGCCCUACAGCUAUGGUGUCCUCGCUGUGCCCCAGUGCAAGGAGUGGGAGAAGGCCAUCAAGGUGAGCUGCGUUGGAUUCUGUGGGGUGUCAAACAAGAUCAAUGACACUGCCUGGACCGUGGAGGAACAGUAUUUCAACAGCACGCUGUCUCUGGCAGACAAAGGAGUCCUUUCACCUGGGGAGCACAACUUUUCCUUCCAGUUCCUGCUGCCAGCCUCUGCUCCUACGUCAUUUGAAGGUCCUUUUGGCAAGGUCCUCCAUCAGGUGAAAGCUGUGAUAGACACACCUCGCUUCUCCAAGGACUACAAGUGCAACAAGAUCUUUUAUGUUCUCUGCCCUCUCAACUUGAAUGACAUCCUUGAUAUUGAGCAGCCCAACACUAUGUCUGUUACCAAGAAGUUCAACUACAAGCUCGUGAAAAGUGGCAACGUCGUCCUGACAGCCACCUCAGAUCUGAAAGGGUACAUUGUGGGGCAAGUGAUCCAGCUCCGCACAGACAUAGAGAACAAAUCAGGCCGGGACACCGGGGCUGUGGUAGCCAGCCUACUCCAGAAAGUGGCUUACAAAUCCAAGCGUUGGAUUUACGACCUGAGGACCAUCGCGGAGGUGGAAGGUUCAGGAGUGAAAGCCUGGAAACAUGCGGAGUGGAAGGAGCAGAUCCUUGUUCCGGCACUGCCCCAGUCCAUUCUGCAGGGCUGUAGCCUCAUACAUAUCGAUUACUACAUCCAGGUUUCCCUCAAGUCACCAGAGGUUUCAGUCACCCUUCCCAUUUAUAUUGGCAACAUUGCAGUGAACAGGGUUCCCCUGAGCCCUUCUCGGUCUGUCCAGCACCUGCCAUCUGCAGUGGUACCCAGUGCCCCCCCGGAGGAGGAGGAGGCUGCCGGCGGUUAUCACCCAAUGGACAAUGUCUUGAUCCCCACCAAAAGCCAUUCCCAGCAGCAGCCAUUUAGCUACGCCCCAGGACUGAGCUUCCAGGAAGCGGACUCGGAGCAGACAGGCUCCCCAAAUCACCCCACCCUCUGCCUCUCAACAGGAGCCACCAUCCCUUACUACGCCGAGGGAAACGUGGUGCCCGUGCCCACUGCUAGCUCGCUCAUUUUGCCUCCAGAAUACAGCACGUGGGGCUACCCAUACGAGGCACCUCCAUCCUAUGAGCAGAGCUGCAGCAGUGCCAACUCCAGCAUCAGCAAUGGCAACUAGCCUCCCCUGCUCCACACGGUUCACCAGCCUGCUGCAAAGUCUGGUACAGCAGAAGGCGUCUUUUUAUCUCUCUGGCUGCUUGGCAGAGCAAAUGGCAAAUCCUGGCCUGGGCUUUUUAAGUCUCUUUCUUGGGAGGGGGAAGAUAAAAGGGCACCCAGAGCAGCCCGUGUUGUGUGUAGGAGAGGUCUGAACCAUCUCAUUCUGCUGCACCAAAAGCUGGAAGAUCUGGUCUUGCCCCAGGGAUGCCCUCUGCAGCAGCCUGUAUUUGAAGUACUGUAGUCACCACUAACUGCUUUACUAUCAAAGCACCUGCGAUGCCUUAUCUGAAAUGCUCCUGACUUGGCAUGUCUCCGCUGUAGGUGAAGGCUGGGCUGUGUGAACUUUCUCUUCUCUUUCGUGGGCUGCGUGCUCUCCAGAAAUGCUUCUGACAGCUCUUCCUCCUCGUCCUCGUAGGUUCCAGGGGUAGGUGAAACAGGAGCUUUCUUGGAGUAGGCAGGCUUGGAAGGUCAGGGACUCUUGCCAAGCCAAAAGCACAAGCCCUUGCUGUACCUGUGUGGUGGGAUGAGUGACUGGCAGCCUUUGGUGCCCAGGCAGUGACCUGGACCGCCGCCUGCUUGUGCUGAGUGGAGAGCAGGCUCUGUCAACGGGGAGCCUUUUUAGCAAGGAUAAUUUUCUAGAGGAGACAGACCAUCCUUGCUUGCUGCUAGGAUGACCAGCGCCUGUCAAUCUUUACAGUGGACACCAGCUCCUGUGCCCCAUCUCCUGCUCCUGCAGGGCACCCUCUCCAUCCCAGCCCUCUGGCCUUAGGCAGGCCAGAAUUACACGACAAUCAAGUUACAGAAAUGUCUGAUGCUACCUCCGCAUCUGCCCAAGGACUCUGCCCAUGGAAUUCCCAUUCCCGGCGGUGCUCCCCUCUCCAGGCUCAGCCUGGCACUUUGCUCCCUGCUCCCACACCAGGCACGGGGGGCUGCGUGGCUCGGGGAUGGCAGGUACUGCUGUGCUGCUCAUCUCCAGAGCCACCACAGGAUGCAGAACGGAGAGAGUGGGAGCACAAACUGCUACACUUCAUUCACAGCCUCUGCUGGACCGGCGGGUCAGGGGAAGAAGCCGGGUAUUACC